AUGGGAGGAAACAGAUCACACAGUAGCAAGAGGUUCUCUCUCUUCAGCUUCUUCAAAACACGAAGAUCUCACAGAGUGGAAGUGGACGCCUCAUGGGAUGACGUCGCUUACACUCGCAAAGCAAUGGCUAGUGACGAGGACAAACGCUAUUGGGUCGCUGAACCAGGCAUCGACCGCAAAGCUUCCGCUUUCAUCGCUAAAUUUCAUGAGACUCGUGUCUCUGAGUCCGAGCGCCAAACUCUCUCUCCUUACCAAUCCGACAAGGCAUGA